AAGAUUCAGUGAAUUCAAACAACGGAAUAAAAGUGCCUUUUCAAAAGAGCAGAAGACAAUUUGUGUGGGAGAUUUUUUUCAUAGUCAUGUUUCAGAUUUCAUUUGUAUGGGAGAUUUCCGCUGUAGUACUGCUUAUUCCAAAGCUUAAGCAAUGGAUGAUAGAAUCUCGCUGGUUCCCCUGGCUGAGUGGAUGUCUAGGGACGAUUAUUCAACUGCAGAUACUUUUAAGACCACAAGUGCAGUUCGUGUAUCCUUUCAAUUACAUCAUCUUGACAACUUCUGUAAGUGGAGUACGUUUCGCAGUACCUAAGUGUCUUAAUAUUUGAUUUUUUUAUAUCUAAAUAUCUAAAUGUAUAACAAAUGUUUACAUUGUCCUCUUCCUAAUAAAUCCAAGCACAAAUUACACAAUAUCCUCCUAACACUUGGCUGAACAGAAAUGAAGCUGAAACAGCUCAUUCAUGCAUUUUCACACAGGAAGUAAAAUUGACGAUAUUUCAGUAAUAUGGGAAAAUAUAUCAACCAAAACAAGCCGCGUGAGUGUUCAAUAGCAUCAUCCAUUGAUUCAUAAGAUCUUCGGAAUUUCGAAAAAUAAACUGAAGUUAUUCGUGAUGAACUUUAUUCAGCAAAUGGAAUAUCGAGAAAUAAGUCACAUGAAACGGCGAGUGAUACAUCCACUCAUUGAGUGCAUAACAAUAUAUAUUGAAAGGAAGCUGAUACCUGAGGGGAACAC